AUGCGUUCGCGAAAUGGAAAGACGAUCAUUUUCGAGAUUCCAGACUCUGGAACCUCGAACACUGAUGGGAUGAUCGAGGCCUCACCGCAAGAGAGCACGGCCGUCUGA